AGGGAUCCAGGGGGAGGAGUGGAGAUGACCGUGUUUCGGAAGAAUAACACCACACCGCCCGUGCGGUGCAGCUCGCAGCAUUCUGUCUUCGGUUUCAACCAAGUGUCGGAUUUAUUGCCUCACUUGGAAGACAGUGCAACCUCUAAAGGGAUCAGAGAUUUGGUCCGCGAACAAGGCAGUAAAAAUGUAAUUGUCACAUCAGCUGACAGAGAGUUACUGAAACUGAACAUGCUAGAUACAGCAGAUUCACCAACGCUGCAUGCGACCAGCGAGGGUCCUCUGCCCCAAGAGAUGGCCCAACUGGACACACAGCCUUCAGCCAAAAGAAUAUCCUCACUACCUGUCCAGCCGUCCCCAGGACCUGCCUUGUCCCCACCGCCCUGCGGCCUGGCAGUGCCUGACAUGCGGGUGCACCCGUUGCCCGUCGGCCUGCUGGACCAGCUCGGGGCCUGGCGUUCCGGCGACUCCGAGAGCCUGUGCAAUGCCCUGCUGGGCCCCUUGCUGUGCGACCGCCUGGCGGGAGACCCAGUCGGGAAGGCACCGGACCCGGCUCUGGCCGGCCCUGGCAGGGAGGGCGGUGGCGGACACGAGGGAACCCGGGGGAAGGAGCCACCGCCACCGGAGGGAGGGGGUCUCGAGGCUUUGGGCGCCAAGGCGGCCGGUUCCACCGACAGCUGCUUCAGCGGCACCGACCGGGAGACUCAGAGCACCGUCAGCAGCUACAGGAGCGAGAAGACCAGCUCCACUCGCCUGGAAAGCCCCUCCCUCACCCCGCAGCCGGACCCCGAGGCCAUGGGCGCCAGGCCUGGCAGCGAUACAGACAACUUCUCAGACAGCGAGGUGGUCGCCACCCCAGAUCCUGGCCCCUCGGCCGAGGGGAUCUCACGGUUCCCCUUUGUCGGCCCCAGCAGUGAGAUCCUGACUGGGGGAGGGGACGACCCCCUGACCACCUGGCUGAGCGCCCCUUCCCCCGGGACCCUCGCCUUGGCCGACCCUUCCCAGCAUGCCCCGCUGCAGGUGGAGAGGGCAGUGAGGCCCAAGGAGCUGAACCUACUGGGCCGGGGGCCAGCACGGCGCUCCGGCAGGAGGAAGGGCGCCAGGAGGCAUGGCGGCAGCACCGGCAGCUUUGAUUACCGGCGGGAUUACGCGCCGAUCAGGACGGCUCUUGGCGCAAAGGCCUACAGUGAGGGCUUCUUUGAGGAUGAGGACUCAAGUGACCAGAGCGACCUGAGCCAUGCUUCCAGCCUGCGCUCACAGCCCAACUACAGCAGCUCCUCCAGCUCGUCCAGCGUCACCUCGCAGUCCUGCUCCUCCCCCGAUGCAAAGCGGCCGCAGGGCAGGCGGAGGAACCCGGCCCGCUCUGAUCCCGAGCCCGCCCCGGCUCUGGCACCCCCGCCUCCCUCCGAGCCUCCCGCUGGUGCCAAGACCCAUGCCCGGGUGCUGAGUAUGGACAGUGGGGCUGGCGCGGGGCCGCUGGAGCUGGGUCCCGGCAGUACCCGCACCCUGACCGCCUCCAAGUCCGACCUGGAGGCCCGGGACGUCGAGCCGCGCUGGAGGGAGCGGUUCUCCCGGAGGCUGGAGUCUAUCGGCAGUGCCUGGAGCCAGUCGGAGGGGGCGGUUGGUGGAGCACCAGCUCCGGAAGAACCUGGGAGACGGGAACCUACCAGCAGUGUGAAGAGGACACAGGCAAUGAGGCGAAGGCACAACGCAGGCAGCAACCCAACACCUCCACCCUCUAUCAUGGGCUCACCGCCAAGCCUGCAGGACAUCCAGAGGAACCGGACGGCGUCCCAGUCGCGAACCCACGCGCUCCCUGCAGCCCUGCACUUUGCCAGCUCGCUGCUGCUCUCUCGGGGCCCUGUGCACGAGGCUUCCAACUUUGAUGACACCUCGGACGGAGCAGUUCACUACUUCUACGAUGAAGCUGGCAUCCGCAGAUCCUACACCUUUGGUCCGACGGGAGGUGGCUACGAGAAUCCAGUGGGGCAACAAAUGAGCCUGGAGCAUAUCUCCAACAACGCUUGGGAUCAUCAGUCCCACUCUUCCAGCUUCACGUCUGCCGACGCUCCGGAGGGAAUGCCACCGCUGUCACUCCUCCAGCCCCGGCCCGUGGUUCUUCAGGGCAUGCAGGUCCGUAAUGUGCCGUUGGAGAUUCCUGAGUUGGAUUUUCUGGAUCAGGAAUCUCUCCAUGAAUCCCAGGAAAACACGCUAAUGAUAGAAGAGAAGAACAGGAACAAACAGUACUACAAGUUCUGGCUGCUGCCUUGGAAGUGGAUACGAAUCCGUUACGACCGCCUGGCACUGCUGGCUUUGCUCGACAGAAACCGACUGGCCCGUGAGAAUGUGGUGGCUGUCAGCCUGGCUGCCCUGGUGGCUUUUCUGGGCUUCAUGCUUCUCCUUGAGGGCUUCUUCAGGGACAUCUGGGUGUUCCAGUUCUGCCUGGUCAUUGCCAGCUGCCAGUAUUCGCUGUUGAAGAGUGUUCAGCCUGAUGCAGCCUCUCCGAUGCACGGUCACAACUGGAUCAUUGCGUACAGCCGGCCAGUCUACUUCUGUAUGUGCUGCGCCAUGAUUUGGCUCUUCGACUUUGGCAGCCGGAGUAGCGAUCUCCAGCCCAUCAGCCUGUAUGGUGUCACACUCUUCUCUGCCCAGUCCUUUGCCUGUGCUCGGGAUGUGGUGAUUGUUUUCACGCUGUGUUUUCCAGCCAUUUUCCUCCUCGGGCUCUUGCCUCAAGUCAACACUUUCUUCAUGUACUUGUUGGAACAGCUCGACAUGCAUGCCUUCGGGGGCACUGCUACAACCAGCCCCAUGUCUGCAUUCUACAGCUUUGUACGCAGCCUGCUGGUCGCUGCCCUCCUGUACGGAUUCUGCUUUGGGGCUGUGAAGGUUCCUUGGGAAGCCCAGCAUGUGCCAGUUUUGUUUUCCGUCUUCUGUGGCCUUCUAGUUGCACUUUCGUACCACCUCAGCCGACAAAGCAGCGAUCCCACCACCCUGUGGGCUCUGAUCCGCUCCAGGUUUUUCCCCGAGUUGGACAAUCGUAAUCCCGAGGAUCCGCUGCUGGAAAUCCAGGACCCACUCCCAGCAAAGCUCAAGAGCUCAGUGAGAGAGAUCCUUCAUUCAGACCUGGUCAUGUGCCCGGUGAUUGCCAUCAUAACCUUCGCAAUCAGUGCCAGCACGGUCUUUAUCGCACUUCAGCCGGUCCUGAGUUACGUGCUCUACGCCCUGGCUGGCUUGGUUGGAUUCCUGACACAUUACCUCCUCCCACAGCUCCGUAAGCAGCUCCCGUGGUGCUGUCUCUCUCACCCGAUGCUGAAAUCCAGGGAGUACAGCCAGUUUGAGGUCCGAGAUGCAGCGCAGCUCAUGUGGUUUGAGAAGGUCUAUGCCUGGCUCCAGUGCAUGGAGAAGUACUUCAUCUACCCAGCAGUCAUCCUCAGUGCCCUCACCACCGACGCCAGUGCUGUCAGCAGCCACCGCAAGCUCGGAACAUACAGUGACCCGCUGUUUAUAACAGUGGCCGGGAUGAAGCUCCUCCGCUCCUCCUUCUGCUGCCCCUGCCAUCAGUACGUGACCCUCAGCUUCACCGUCCUCUUCUUCCGCUUCGACUACAGCCACUUCUCCGAGACCUUUCUGCUCGACUAUUACUUCAUGUCCGUCAUCUGCAGCAAGCUCUGGGACUUGCUGUACAAACUGCAUUUUGUGCUGACCUACAUCGCCCCCUGGCAGAUCACGUGGGGCUCUGCAUUCCAUGCCUUCGCCCAGCCGUUCGCCGUGCCUCACUCUGCGAUGCUUUUCGUCCAGGCUGUGCUCUCAGCUUUUGUCUCCACUCCCUUGAACCCCCUCCUCGGCAGUGCUGUGUUCAUCACCUCUUAUGCCAGGCCGGUGAAAUUUUGGGAGCGAGAUUACAACACCAAGAGGGUCGACCAUUCUAACACUCGACUAGCCACGCAACUGGACAGGAACCCAGGAGCCGACGACAACAAUCUCAACUCUAUCUUCUACGAGCACCUGACCCGCUCGCUGCAGCACAGCUUGUGUGGGGACCUGCUCCUGGGCCGCUGGGGGAACUACGCCAUGGGCGACUGCUUCAUCCUGGCAUCGGAUUACUUGAACGCGUUGGUUCACCUGAUUGAGAUCGGCAACGGGAUCGUGACCUUUCAGCUGCGAGGCCUGGAGUUCCGAGGCACCUACUGCCAGCAGAGGGAGGUGGAGGCCAUUACUGAGGGAGUGGAGGAAGAUGAAGGCUGCUGCUGCUGUGAGCCUGGUCACCUACCGCACAUGCUGUCCUUCAACGCCGCCUUUGGACAGCGCUGGCUGGCCUGGGAGGUCGCUGCCACUAAGUACGUCCUGGAGGGCUACAGCAUCAGCGACAACAACGCCGCCUCCAUGCUGCAGGUUUUCGACCUCCGCAAGAUCCUUAUCACUUACUACGUCAAGAGUAUAAUCUAUUAUGUGAUCCGCUCUCCGAAGCUGGAGGAAUGGGUGAAGAAUGAUGCGAUCCAGGAGGCGCUGCAUGCGUGCUCUAGCCCCAGCUAUGCUGACAGCGAUCCCACCUUCAACCAUAACAUUGAUGAGGACUACGACCACCGCAUGCAAGGCAUCUCCCUGGCCUCUUUCUGCAACGUUUACCUCGAAUGGAUCCAGUACUGCGCCAGUCGGAAGGACAAGUCUGUGGAGAACGACAGGAACUCUCACCUGGUGACCCUGUGUUUCGGACUCUGCAUUCUGGGUCGGAGAGCCCUGGGGACGGCGUCUCACAGCAUGUCAGCCAGCCUGGAGCCGUUCCUGUACGGGCUGCACGCCCUGUUCAAAGGCGAUUUCCGGAUCACUUGCCCCCGGGACGAGUGGGUUUUUGUCGACAUGGAGUUGCUGCAGAAGGUGGUGGCUCCUGGGGUUCGGAUGUCGCUGAAGCUGCAUCAGGAUCACUUCACAUCCCCUGAUGAGUACGAUGACCCUGCCGUGCUGUACGAUGCCAUCACCAGCAAUGACGAGAAGAUGGUGAUCUCCCACGAGGGUGACCCGGCAUGGCGUAAUGCCAUACUCACCAACACCCAGUCGCUGCUAGCACUGCGCCAUGUGAUGGAUGAUGGCAGCGACGAGUACAAGAUCAUCAUGCUCAAUAAGCGAUACCUCAGCUUCCGUGUCAUUAAGGUGAACCGGGAGUGUGUGCGCGGCCUGUGGUCGGGGCAACAGCAGGAGCUGGUAUUCCUGCGCAAUCGGAACCCGGAGCGCGGCAGCAUCCAGAACGCCAAGCAGGCCCUGCGCAACAUGAUCAAUUCCUCGUGCGACCAGCCCAUCGGCUACCCCAUCUACGUCUCGCCGCUGACCACCUCGUACGCAGGGCAGCACAGCCAGCUUCGCAGCAUCUGGGGGGAGCCGGUCAGCCUGAGGAACAUCUCCAGCUGGUUCAUCUCCAGCUGGGAAAGGCUGCAGAAGGGAUGUGGUGCGGGCUGCAACAGCGGGGGCAACAUUGAGGACUCGGACUGCGGAGGGGGCUCCUCGUCCGUCAGCAACAACCCAACCGUGCACGUCACCCACAGCAGCACCUCGCAGAGUGGGGUAGGAGCUGUAAACCCUCAGGGGCCUGUCGCCACAAGCCAGCCUCAGUCAGGUGCGCAGGCCCUGCACCCCUUCCAGGAUUCCUUCGGUAUUCCUCAACUUCUCGAAACGAAAAGAACAGGAAGUGAUGCCAGCUCUCAGCCUGGCCCGCCCUGGUCCUCUCGGCCGCAGCCGCCACAGCUUUCGCUUUUAACCCAGUCAGAGCCUCGGAGGGAGAACAGCAAUUCCUUGCAAAGGACUUCCUCCAUUCAGGGACUUCUAGGUGAAAGGUUGUCCUCCAGCCAGCUUUCGUUCAACAGCACGCAGGCAGACCGCUUCCCAACGGCCACCCAGCUGGAUGGACCCGGGCCGGUCCGGGUCCUCCACCGCGCCAGCUUGACCUCCUCUGUCAAUCUCCCCUACGAGGGGCCACACGGCAAGUGGAUCUUGCCGGGCCGGAGAGGGGUCAACGGAUUGCCGAGCACCGACUGGGACGUUGGCUCUGGGGCCCAGUCCAACGGCAGCGCCGUGGGGACGCCAGCCAAAGGAAGCCUGCCGCAAUCCCAGGUGCCUUGUCAUCCACCGUGCGACCUCAGUCAAGUCCCUGAAGGGGAUGCCUUUUCGCUGAGAUUGGAUCAGGAUGCCACCCCGCUGCCCAGAGGAGGGGGCCAUGACUUGAAGGAAUGGGAGCCGAAGGAGGAGCCAGAGAACACAGCAGUGCAGUCGCUGCUGGCCCACCAGUUCUAAGUGCAGAAGCACAGUUGGGGAGUAGUAGUCCCUCUGGUUUACAUGCUGCAUCUCACAUCUCUCUCGCGGUCUCUGUCUCACGCACUCUGUCUCUGUUAGUCUCUCUCUCUCUCUCUCUCUCUCUCUCUCUCGCGCUCCCUGUUUCAGUCUGUGUCUCUCUCUCUCUCUCUCUCUCUCUCCCUCUCUCUCUCUCUCUCUCUCUCUCUCUCUUGCGCGCGCUCCCUGUUUCUGUCUGUCUGUCUCCCUCCCCCCCUCUCUCUCUCUCUCGCUCCCUGUUUCUCUGUCUCUCUCUCUCUCGCUCCCUGUUUCUCUGUCUCUCUCUCUCUCUCUCUCUCUCUCUCUCUGGCUCCUUGUUUCUGUCUCUCUCUCUCUCUCUCUCUCUCUCUCUCGCGCGCUCCUUGUUUCUGUCUGUCUCUCUCUCGCGCUCCUUGUUUCUGUCUGUCUCUCUCUCACGCUCACCGUCUGCCUGUCUGUCUGUCUCUCUCUCUCUCGCAUGCUGUGUCUCUGUGUCCCACAUAUCACAGUCACCCUGUGCACUGCACUUGUGGGCAGUCUUUAACGAUGAGAUUGCACCCAGGAGGGAGGCUGGGGAGCAGGUUGAUGUGUAUCUUACUGAUCGCUGGCCCCUUACUCAAGGAUUGAUGCUCAUGUGAGGACCUCCCCAGUUCCAGAAGAGCCCUGAAGAGUUUGGAGAAGUUGGGGCAUGCCUUCCAUCUCUUUCAAUCCCAGUGGGCUUAGUGGCCUGGUGCGCGAGGUGUGUGGAGCCCAGCAAAGGUCGAGCUACAACAGGCCUGUGUUUGGUUGAGGUGGUCAGUUCAGGUUUACCUUUACUGCAUUUUUAAAAACAACGCUCCCCCCCCCCCCACCCCGAACAACUCCAAUGGUUUGUCAGUCAGGUACUGUGGGCAAGUGACAUCCAACAGACCAUGCGCUGCAAAAGCUGGAGUGCGGUGUGUGAUUUGAACUAACUGUUGGCCAUGUGGGUUGCUGUUUUAUUGCCAGUUGUUGGGGGCUAGUGCUUUUGGCCCUCAGGUGGGAGAUGAUACAGAAGGCUGACAGAACCACCUGCAGAGCUCUAACACUGCUGCGAUGAUUGGCCACAAGUCUCCAGGACAGUUCCUCCCAGCCUUUUAAACCAAGCACAAUCCUGUUAGACACUAGCUCCCUCACUUUUUGUGAAUCCACUUGGACUAGAAGCUUUGUAGAAACUUCCAGGAGACCUUUGUCCCUCAAAUAGCCUGGAAUCGGAGUGACAGGUCAGUUCUUUUUGAAAGGUUGCCACCGACUGAAAAACCUAAUCAAGGUCUCUCUAUGUUUCCUCUGUCUCUCCCACUCUCUGUCUCUCCCGCUUUAACUUUGUCACCAUAUUGUGCAGCCCAUUUCUGGGGUUCGUGGUGGAGGAAAGGGUUAGUUCAUGACUCUUUUUUUAUUUUUUUAAAGUUCUUUGUCAAGGAUUCUGUUUCCCUGGGGCCGCGGUGGGUCGAAUCCCAUCCCAGGCUUGCUCCACAGUAGACCUGGGGAGCAGGGAUGGAGGUGUGGUCCUCGGGUUUUGGACCCUUUCUCUCAUCCGUCAAUGUGCUCUGCGUGGGUGAAUAUCUCCUUGGGGCUGGUGAGCAGCAAGCACACUGCUACCUUCGAACAGUCUGCCAGCCACGCACUCUCUUUCGGAUUUUAGUUUGGUGCUGGUUUUGCUUGUGAGCGAGUGGGCUGUUCCUGUGCUCUUCCAUACCUCGUUCAUGCGCUUUGUAACUAUAGCCGAGCGGAGGACACCACCCGAAUGCCUCCAGCUGAUCAAGAGUAGACACAGGCGUACCCUAAUAUUCUCCCCAAUGUGACCCACUUUGAAUCUUGGAAAUUGUUCUGACCCCUUGGAGAAAACCCGAGACACCUGGAGAGGAGUGGGACUGUGAGCGGUUGGGGGCCCAUAAGUGGGCAUUUGCUAACUUGGAGCUGGGAACUGCGAAAUCUGGGCUCAGUCCCGUGGGCACAUGAGGCCCACGUCCCUCUGGAAAGCCGUUGGCUAGGAAGUUAAACCCACAGCCUCCCAUCUCUAACCUUGGGAACUGCAUGGCCGUUUCAGGAUCCAAAUUCUUCCUCUAGUGGGUUCUGCGUUUUCUCUUUGAGAUACCUGACAUCACUAGAGAGACCAGCGUUUGCUUCUCGUCAGGAGUGGGUGUUAUCUAAAGGCAGCCGCUGCCCAGUUGUGUCUCAGAGUAAUUGCUUCGAAGCCCAUGGGUAGUGUGGAAGGACCCCAGAGGGGGAACCUGUGUUUAAAAGUACCACGCUUGACAGGCUCGGUCUGCUCUGAAUGUUGCACCUUAGCCAACGUUCUAGUUGGGGACUUAAAAUGGACGUUUGAUUUAGUAUUUUCUUUUAAAGUGUGCUUUUCUUAUCAAACAAAACUUCAGCUGAAAGGUUUCUGUUUUUUAGCUUUUUUUUAAAGCAGAACGUCAUUAAUCUCUGAAAUCAGUUUGUUUAUGAUUGUGUGAGAAUUGUCAGCAGCUGCUGUAACUGCUCAGCCGUUUGUCUUGGCACCCCCGUGACUCCCUUACGGUGGAAACCUCAGUGAAGAGGUUGAGGGGGGUGGGCGCUUAAUCCCACUGGAAGGGUUGUGAAGGAAUGAGGGUUUUGGGUGCUUCAUCGUUCUAUAAGAUUUGACUUUGUACGUAUUUUAUUGGGGAUCUCAGCUGAGUGUACCUUUUGUAGUCUGUUUUCAUUCUUUAAAGUUGACAACUUGAAAUCUUAAAAGGGAAUGCGAGUCCCACAGGAGAGUACUUUCUCCUCUUUGCCUCUCCUCUCCCACAUUAAUUGGAUGUGUGAAAAAUUCUUAUGCAGGAGUGUGCAUUCCUAUCCUCAAGCCUCACCUCCUCGGCUAUUUUUAUUUUUAACCAGUCUUUUACCAUCCCGCUAAAACUUGCUGCAGAAUUUCCCAUGCACUUUUAUCCUAUGUCAACUGUGACAGUGUAGUUCUGGGUGUUGGCCACUAAGUGGCUCUGCAGGGUAAAUUUCAGAAGGCCCUUCCACAGCCCCAUAUCCAGCUGGCUUGUUUCUGGAUGCCACCUGACCAUUUGUUGGUGUUUUGCAAAUACAAAACUGUUAAAAACACCUUUUCAAAAGCUUCUCCCAGAUGCGUUCCCAGGUGGUGUCUCUGCCUCAGUGAUGAGAUCAAUCAAAACUGUCCUCUAAAUCCAAUUGAUUCUAAAGCAUUUGGCAACAGGGAAGAUGAGGAGCAGAUUCCUCCUGUCUCGUUUUAUUUUGAAUUGCCCCCAUGUCCUGUGUAUCUAACACUGUUAGAGAUGUUGUACCACUGUGCUUCUGCUUUUCACAGAAGCUAGAGGGUAGAUCCUGCUCUCUGGUAUUUCUUGUAGCCCUGCUAAUUUCCUCCACAAACCGGAGCUAAUUUCCAUCUGAAAGCAUGGAAUAAGAUGUUGGGGGGGAAUACGCAGUCAGGUCAUCUCCCCAAAAGGGUGAACAGCCAGCUUUGUCCUCUCUGCAUUGUAAUUGAUGUGCCACACUCUUGACCUGGUGAAAGGUGCAUUCUAAAGUAGGCUACUCCUGCAGCAACAUGCCCUUCCAUUUGGGAGCGAUGCACAUCUGUUGCGGGGGCAUACCCUUCCCACUCAGGAUAAGAGGCAACACAGGAGCUGCUGGAAUGUGGUGUUUACUGGUCACUUUUAUGUCCAUUGAGAAACCUCCAAAAGGUUCUUCGAGCAGCAGGAUAAAUCACUUAGUCAUGGCAUCUCCUUUAUCAGCAGGCAGCUGCUUGGAGCUGGAAAUUGCAUUCAUGUUUUUAUCGGGCAAGGACACGGGGUCCCAGAGGUUGUUGCUGGUAACCUCGCCCUCCUCGCUGCCCUUCCGUGGUGCGCAUUUCCUGGCAAGGGCCCACCCCGCUGCUUUAAACACCACCCUCGGGGCACUGCCACCAGAUGACAGUGGGUGGAGGGAACGGGUGGCACUUGGGUGACCUUUCUCAGCUGAACUGGAGCUGCCCAGGGAGAGGCUGGUUUUCGCAUCCUUCCUUGACCUUGCAAGAGGGAAUGAGAGAGGUGCUUGGGGGCUGUGGAGGGAAGCCUGCUGUUGGGUCUCUGUUGUUCGGGGGAGGCAUUCCAUUCAGACCCAGACAAUCUUUAUUUUCAUAAUCUAUGUAUAUGCGAUGGGGCUGGGUUUAACCCGUCUGCCUGAUCUUGAUGCAGAUUUCUGCUUUAUUUAUGUUUCUGUUCUGAGGUGAAGAAUUUGUUCUGCCUCCUUUUCUGUUGAUUUGUAGAAAAUGAAGUUUGACAAUUUUCUGUACAUAUCUUUGAAAGAAAAAAAUAUUGUCUGUAAACUUUGAAAUGACAAGUUGUUUUAUACGGUAUUGUAAAGAGCUUGUACAAUA